GAGGCCGCGGGGCGGGCUGUCGGGCGCCGGCGGGGAGAUUGAGCUGGGCGGGAGGCCAUGGCGCCUCUCUAGGAGCGGCUGGUAACUCGAGCCCGACCCCUCCCGCGGCUGCAGGUGUAAAGAAAAUUUAAAAACAGAGAGGCUAGGAUGACAGAAAGCAAGGCUCAACAUAAACUGGUGUUAACCAGACUAGAAGCAAAAGAGAGCCCAGGAGGCUGCCCACAGGAGAGCUAUGGAGGAAAAGGAAAAAGAGAUGGAGGAGAAGAAAAGAGAGAGGAAGCAUGCACUGGAGAUGGAGAAGGCAAAGUCUCAGCAGAAUAUACCGAAUAACUCUAACAAUCCUUCCCCAACAAUCCACAAAUGGGAGCGACUAUGUCCACAGUAUGAUGAAUCCAGUGAUAUUGCUGAAUAUUUUCUCACCUUUGAGAGACUGUGCACACUCCAUCAAAUUUCUGAAGCUCACAAGAUGACCACAUUCAUCAUAAAAUUGACUGGAAGAGCUCUGGACAUAUUCAAUAAGGUGCCUAUUGCGGAGGCUUCUGACUAUAAUAAAUUCAAGGAUUUGGUUUUAAAGCAAUUUCAAGUUACACCUGAAACUUACAGGGUAAAAUUUAGAGCCCCUAAGAGAGGACCUGGACUAAGUAAUGUGGCUUAUGUAAACCAGAUGACAGAUCUGUUUGAUAAAUGGCUCAAUGGACGGGCUGUAACUAGCUUUGGAGGAAUGCGGGAUUUGAUGAUACAGGAACAAUUCCUGAAUAUGUCCAAAGAUGAUAUAAAACAGUGUUUAUGGGAUAAGAAAAUGGACUCAGGAGGAAAUCUUGCUUCUUAUGCUGAUCAAUACGAGCAGUCCCAGACCGCCAGAGAGGCGGGGCAAACCGGAACAAAACGGGAGGAGAGAACAACAACCCUGGUCGCAGUUGGAGCAGAUACAACAAGGGACAACCUCAGACCACACCCUACUACCAGGGGCAGCCCAAGGCCCCAACUACACCCCAAGGAACACUCCAGACACCUUAUCGUCCCGCCACACCGUUCUCCAGCAACCCACCUCACCCCAGUGACCCGUCAGCUGGACGAUGUUUUAAAUGUAACGAGCCGGGGCAUGUAAAGGCCAACUGUCCCAAGAACCCCAACAGAUUACAGUUCGUUGCACCGGAAUCACACCAGAGGUUCUCAGGCCCCGAUGCUUCCCAGAUACCCUCAGAGCGGAGGGAAACUGUGAGUGUGGGUGGGAAGAAGGUCACAGCGUGGAGGGACAACGGAGCACAAGUGUCGGCUCUCCACACUUCCUUAGUGGACCCCAAUUUAAUCGACCCAGAGGUCCAAGUGACGAUUCAACCCUUCAAGUCAAACUCUUUGGACUUGCCUACAGCCAAGUUGCCGGUCAAGUACAAGGGCUGCUCAGGAACAUGGACUUUUGCAGUCUAUGAUGAUUAUCCCAACCCCAUGCUGUUGGGGGAAGACUUGGCCAAUCAUGUGAAGCUAGCCAAGAGGGUGGGAAUGGUCACCCGCAGCCAGGCUAAGCAAGCUGUCACACCUAGCUGUAGUCCGGAAACUUCUACCAGGACCUGGUCGGGGUGGUGGAACCAGACCCCAUGCCCACAUCUGCAACAGCAGUAGUGGAUCCAGUCCCAGAGACCCAGACAGAGCCAGAGCCGGAACCGGCAGAACAACCCACACCAGAACCAUUGGCAGCACUGAAUCCAGUACUUGCAACCCCAACACCAGAAGGCCCCACCGAACCUGCACUGGCAGCAGCAGAUAACCCUACACAAGAGUCUCAGCCAGAGCCUGAACCCCAACAUAGUGCACCAGCGGAGAGCGGUUCACAGUCAACGGAAACAGCCCCAUCACCUGCAUCGCUUCCCGAGGGACCAAGCCCAGGCCCACAAUCCAAUGAGGAACUGAUGUCUCCAGCAUCAAGGGAACGGUUCCAGACCGAACAGGAAGCAGAUGAAAGCCUGCAGAGAGCUUGGACGGUGGCACGGAGCAACCCACCGCCUCUCAGCUCUUCUAAUUGAUCCAGAAAUGGCACAGGAAGAAAUGGAAGUGGAUCUCCAGCCAGCAGUUACUUAUUCUGUGGAGCACCAUGAGGCAUUUCCCACAGAGGCCUCCGGUCAUGCUCUACUGUCACUGCCAUCCAACUCUCCAGUGCCUAGUGAUGAGGCAGAAAGCAUUGUGGUUCCUCCUGCUGAUGAAGAAGUCAUUGUGGUUUCUGGUGCUGAUGAAGUAGUGACAGUUGCUGAGUCUGACCCCCAGUUGCACGCUGCCCCUAGCCUGGAUGGGCUGCAGAGGCUGCAUGGGGUAUUGGAGCUGUUUCGACUACAGGCUGCACAACAGAUCACACGACAGCCACCAACAAGGAGAACUCGCCGGCGACGAAGAGGUGGUGGAUCCCAGAGGACAAUCAGUACCAGGCCCAGGGCACCACUGGAUAGUUAUUUCAUGGUCAGCAGGACCCAAGGAUCAACCACAGCAGCAUCUCCACCACUGGAGACUUUGCAUCUUCCAGUUGGCAACAGUGGUCACAGCUCAGAGGAGACCUUGGAGCUGAGCGACUCUGACAGCAGCAGCUCCACUGAGGAGGAGGAUGUGGCAGUACCCCGGGAGGCGGCACCCAUAGCUGCCAGUUUGGGAGUUUCUGAUCAGGUCCCACCAGAGCAUGAAGGUCGUGAUGCUGAAGAAGCAGAAGUCCAGCACAAACAGAGAACUCCUCUAAAGAAACCUGAUGUGACAGUUCCCACUGUACCACUGGAUGAGGAAGAAGGGGACACCUGUGCCAUCUGCUUUGAGCAAUGGACUAAUGCUGGGGAGCACCGGCUCUCAGCAUUGCGGUGUGGACACCUGUUUGGAUACACUUGCAUCGUAAGGUGGCUUAAGGGACAGGCAGGAAAAUGCCCUCAGUGCAAUAAGAAGGCAAAGCGCUCAGACGUUGUGGUCCUGUAUGCCCGUACUUUGAAAGCACUGGACACUAGCGAACAGGAGCGCAUGAAAAGCUCUUUAGAAAAGGAGCAGUUGUUGCGGAGACAGGCGGAAUUGGAAUCUGCACAGAGCCGUCUCCAGUUGCAGGUCUUGACAGAUGAAUGCAGUAAACUUCGCAAGCAGGUCCAGGAGCUGAAAGCACUGAUGGCCCAGCAUAGCACUAGCGCCUCUCAGCAACCUGGCAGCUCCCGUUCCUGUUUCCCAGGCUGUGUCUCCUCCAGUCAGAGCCAGCACAAAUACCACUUUGAGAAGGCCUUCCUGGUUUCUCAGUCAGGGAGCUGCCGGGUUAUGGCUUACUGUGACUCACUGAGCUGUCUUGUGGUGUCACAGCCCUCUCCGCAGGCUACACUUAUUCCUGGUUGUGGCUUUAAGAUGAUAAGUGCUGCCAACCUGAAGAGCAGUCAGUACAUUCCCAUCCACAGUAAGCAGAUCCGGGGACUGGCCUUCAGUAAUCGGACAGAUGGCUUGCUGCUGUCUGCUGCUUUGGACCAUACGCUCAAACUUACCAGUUUGACAACAAAUACCGUGGUCCAGACGUACAAUGCCGGCCGCCCUGUCUGGAGCUGCUGCUGGUGCCUUGAUGAUACCAACUAUAUCUAUGCUGGGCUUGUCAAUGGCUCUAUCCUGGUGUAUGAUCUAAGGGACACAAGCUCUCAUGUCCAGGAACUAGCCCCUCAGAAGUCCAGGUGUCCUGUGGUGUCCCUGUCCUACCUGCCCCGAAUGGCCUCCACCACACUGCCAUACGGUGGGGUAAUAGCUGGGACCUUAGAAGGAGGCUGCUUUUGGGAACAGAAGGCCACCAACUCCUACUGGCCUCACCAUCUGCCUCUAGAGCCUGGAGGCUGCAUCGAUAUUCAGACUGAAAUCAGCACUCGGCACUGCCUUGCUACUUACAGGCCUAAUAAGAGCAACAAUUGCCUGCAUUGUGUGGUGAUGGAACUGUCCUGUAGCCAACUGACGGAUGCAUCUGUCGACAUGGUCUGCUCCUGUCACCCAGUUCAGACAUUCAGUGCUGGGCCCACCUGCAAACUGCUGACCAAAAAUGCCAUCUUUCAGAGUCCAGAAGAGGAUGGCAGCAUCUUGGUGUGCGCUGGCGAUGAGGCCUCAAACUCUGCCAUGGUGUGGGAUGCUGGAAGUGGCUCCUUACUGCAGAAGCUACAAACUGACCUACCUGUGCUGGACAUCUGCCCUUUCACGGUGAACCGCAAUAACUUCCUGGCCACUCUCACCGAGAAGGUGGUGAAGCUCUACAAGUGGGAUUGAAAAAGGCUCUGUAAGCCUUCCGCAGAGAGGAGCUUCCAAAAUGUGCUGCUAACAAACUACCAAUUCCAACAAAUUCUCCGCUGUCCCACCACAACAGCACAACCCCAGGCUCUGCUUUCCUGCCUGAACUGUUUAUGGGGCAGGAACUGCCACGGCAUCUCUCGUGUUGGUGCAUUCAGGAACUGGAGCACUGGUGUCUUUGUCUUUUCUCCCCCACCCUAAUUUGUAUCUGUCCUUAUUCCUUCAGUUGAUCCCAAGGUCAGUUUUUUCUAUUCUCAGGCAAACUGGCAGCCUGCCUCAGUGCAGUGCUCACUCUUGGCCUGUCUCCAGCUUCACAGUGUUAUAACUCUCUCUUCCCCACCCCCACCCAGCAUUAACACAGUGCUGGGACUUGCAAACCACUUCAGAGAAUGACCCAAAGGAAAGGAAUUUCUGAGACUCCCCUUGUACUUUGCAGUCCUCUUCACCUUGCUCCGUGAUGAAAGAGCCUUUAAGUAGCAGUUUGGCUGCUACCUUGUACUUAGAUGGGCAUUUUCCCAGGAAUGUUGUGGACAUGUCCUGUAAAGGACUUACUCAGCUGUUCCUAUGUGCUUUUUGAGGCUUCUGGGCAAAACAAGCUUGGUGGGGCUUUUCCAUCAAUCAAGUAAAGCCAGCUCUAUGCCAUUAGUCUUUGCCAUGGAGAAGAUAGUUUUGGGACUGGAGUGAGAACACUUCUCUUCUGCAUUUUCAUAUGCAUAUAGUAUGAACCUUGCCUCUUCUUUAGGCGCAGCCCAGUCCAAACAUCGUAGAACUGUCUUUUGUCUGGAGAAAGUUGGCAAUGGGGUGGGGAGACUUUUGUGCUGUUUGAUGCUAGUUGCAAUUCAUGUUAACCUUGCCUAAGGCUCAGGUGGCUGAACAGCAUUUGAAUUGAAAAGCAAGAAAGAGAAAAUGUUGGCUGCUUUGUACCAAAUGUAAUAAAAACUGUUGGAUUUCCUGAGGUUUGAUUCACCAGAGGGUCACAGAAUGGUCCCAGUCACCCUUGUCUGUGGCACAAUUCUUCACAUCCUAGAUGUGAGUCUGAACCAGAAUUCCCCAUAAAGAGUUGGUGGGGUGGGGGGUGAUCCAAGGGUUUGAGUGCCAAGUGUGCAGACUGAUUCUCAGCCCAUAUGUGUUCCUGUAAGGACAUUUCAUUUUCUGACUUGGGGAUGAACAUGAUUUACAUUUCAUGUUUGUAUUUGCCAAAGACAAACUAUCAAGAAUGUUAUACAAGUUGCAAGACAGUUUCCCUGCAUGGGGAACCUGUCCCUGGACACUGUUCCUUGCAUGAAACCUGUGUAAACGGCAUCUUUUCUGUUACCAGAUCCAGUGUGUCGCUAAUUAAAUCCACAGAACAACUUUCCUUUCUAAAACUUGCAGGGAUAUGAAUUUUCUUUGAGUCUUCUCUUUAAAAACAAGAUAAUGUAAAAUAUACACAUCUCCAUUUAAUUGUAUCUAUUUUUGUGUGAUAUUUUGUUCCUCUCUUUUUAUGUGAUGUGAAAAAUAAAGCAUUUAUCAUUAUAGAA